AUGGCAGCACUACCUGUCACUCGGCUACCAGACACUUCUAUCGCAGCAAUAAAAUGUCCCCCUGGAACAAAAAUGCACAUUUUAGAUCUUGGAACGCUACAAGUCGACGAGUCAUGGAUUCUUCGGGGCGCCAACGCCAGUGCAUUAAGCGACAAGAACCCCGUGAACAAACGUCGGGACUUGAUAGUUUUGUCCGCACUGAUUGAGUAUCCAGGCGUGGGGCUUAUCUUAUUUGAGACAGGAUGUGCUGAGAAUAUCCAUGUAGAAUGGGGUGCCCCUUUGACCGACAUAUUUCCUCGUACUGAAUACUCAGAGAGCCAGAAGCUACCUGCUGCAAUCGAAGCCACAGGCAACCAUAUAUCAGAUGUCAAGGCAGUCAUUAUGGGUCAUCUCCACCUAGAUCAUGCCGGGGGCCUAGAGCACUUUGCCGGAACCGAUGUCCCUAUCUAUACCCACGAAGAGGAACUCAAGCAUGCCUGCUGGGCCGUAGCUACCGGUGCAGACUUGGGCGUCUAUAUGGGCCAUUAUCUCCUCCUUGAGAGCUUGAACUGGAACACCUUUAAUGACUCUCACCUCGAGAUCUUCCAGGGCAUCUCUCUCCACCAUCUACCAGGACAUACCCCUGGACUGUGUGGGAUGCAGAUCAACCUACAAAGAGAUGGCACAUUCAUUUGGACCACAGACCAGUUCCACGUUAGGGAGAACUACGAGCUUGGGCAUCCGCACGGCGCCCUUGCACGGGAUCAUAAUGCGUGGUACCGAAGCCUCAACACGGUAAGAAGGCUGCAGCGGCUUUAUGAUGCCAAGUUGAUCUUUGGACAUGAUAAGAUAGUCGCAAUGGAGUACAAGAAUGCCCAAAACUUCUAUCAGUAG